AUGCAGAAUCCUUUAACUUUUUCUGCAGGUGGUGUUUUUUUGCAUGCUAAUCCUGCAGAGAAACAUUGUGUCCAACAAAGUAUGCUGGGUCAGCAAAACCAAGAAACUUGUGCUGGAAAGACAGUAUCCACAGAUAAACACAAAUCCCCUUCGGAUAUAAUACAAAGUUUUCAGAAGAAAAGUCAGUUCAGGACCAUUGCUCCAAAAAUGGUACCAAAAAUUUUAACAUCUGGAGUGGUCUCUUGUCUUCAGUCAUCUUUGCCUGAGCAAAAUACACCAAUUUCAGCUACAGGUUCUAAACCGCUGGUGGUACCAACUCAAAACUAUGCUGUCAUGCAGGUGGCUGGUCAUGAGGGGACUUUUUCUCUGUUGGCCUUGCCCUGUGUUGCCCCUGCCCUAACGCAGCAAGUCCAGCAGUCAAACGUGGCCCCUUCUGAAAACCUGAAGCUGCCUAUCCCUAGGUACCAAUCUGUAAGAAAUAAAUUGCUGAGUGACAAAAAACCGGCACAAAUCUCUGGUUUGGGUGUGCAUAACGAGAUUCCUACCAAAGCAUCGAUCUCAUCGCAGACUUCCCCCAUGACUACUUUAACUGAAGACUGUCCUGAAACUCAUUCUAGUUCAGAUUCAACUGAGCAAGUGAUGCUAACAGACCGUGACUCAGCUGAAAUUACAGUUGCCACAUUAGUAAAUAAAAGCAAUUAUGUGGAAUCUGGAUCUCCUUUAGUGAACAAAACUGAAAAUGCUAACGGUAAUGUUUCUGGACCAUCUGUAAUUAAAGACUCUUUAUCUGCGCCAACAAGUACAAUUAAUCCCAUGAAACUAAGUCUAUGCUCUGUGAAGACAGCAUCUGAAACCACAAGAGAGUCAUUCAUAACAUCUGAGAAACUAAAGGAAAAACCCACAAAUUCUGCGAACUCUGUUGCUGUCCUGUCACCGGCAGUUUUUGGCAGUACAAUACAGAUGACUCCAUCAGCACCAAAAGGAAAACUUCCUAUUUUGCCUUACUCAAGGAUGAAAAAUUCAGUGUUCUGUAAAUCUAAGCAGAAUACUAAUGUUACAGGUGCUUCUGGUCCUUCACUAAAAUCUGAAUGUGAAAAGAUACCAGCUUUGGCAAAAAACUUUCAUGUUCCUACUAAAGCAUGUGAUAAGCGAUUAGCUGUAUCAUUUACACAAGUCCCCAAACAAACCAUUCGAGAAAAUACCUUCUCUCCAUCCAAUAAAGUGGAUGUCGACAGUCUUAAAAAAUUGAACGGUGCAGCCUCUAAAAGAAGAGGCAGGAAAAGAAGAGCCACAGAUGAUUUAUUGGCUUUUCAGACCAAGCGAAGGAAAUCCAUCAUUAAUAAGUUUAGAGAAGGAAGAGAGAGGGUGAAAGUUGAUCUUCAGCCACCUGAAGACAAAAAAGCAGAGGCGGUGAAAAAAUACCGUAGUAUUAGACCAAAACCAGUGGUGGUUUUGCAGGCUUUCACACCACUGACUUCUGCAGCAGUAGUAGAGACACCAUCUCCUGACUGUUUAGACCAAGAUAUUUUUUUAAAUAGUUCACUUCCUAACAAAUAUUUAAGUUACAAGCAUAGUGAUACUACAUCAGAUAAAUCGAGUGAUUUAAGUAGAAAUGCAUGUUCAACCAUACCUAAACAGUUGUAUAAAUGUCAUGUUUGUAACCAUAUCUUCCAUUUUAAACAUCAUCUUCAGGACCAUAUGAACACACAUACAAACAAACGGCCCUACAGCUGUCGAAUUUGCCGGAAAGCAUAUAUACACUCUGGAAGCCUGAGCACGCAUAUGAAACUUCAUCACAACGAAGGCAAACCUAAAAAACUUGUGUGUUGUGAAUUCUGUGCUAAAGUUUUUGGCCAUGCAAAAGUGUAUUUUGGUCAUCUAAGAGAAGUGCACAGGGUUGUUAUCAGCACAGAGCCCUCUACCAGCGAGCAGCAGCUGCAAGAUGCUUUAAAGAAGAGAGACGCAAAUAUAAAAGAAGCAGAAGCAGCAACGGAGAGGGGAAAUAAGUGCAAUUUUGAGGACCUAUUCCAUAACCCAGGAGAAGUGAAAUUACAGAUCAAAUGUGGUCGAUGCCAGUUUAUUGCACAGUCUUUUGGUGAAAUGAAGUUUCACUUACUGUGCUCUCAUGGAGAGGAGAUCCAGGGAAGAGUAAAGGAAGGGGGUUUGCAAGGAAAUAGAGGAGCGAAGGGGGAACUGACCAAACACGGAACCCACUUCUGGAAACAGCACAAUGAGAGAAGACGUUUAACAAAAUGCAGUGCCCAUGAGGAGGAGUUUUAUACUUUUCCAAAACUGAAAAGACAGAUACACUUUCACCAUCAAAAUAAUGUCGAUAUGUUAUCUAAAAGUGAACUGAUUCAGUCAGGAAGCGGUGAAGCAGCCAGGGAGAUGCAAAAUGUUGGUUUUGGUACACCGAGCAAAAAAGUAGAAAUUUGGUCAAAAGCAGGCUAUAAUUGCAUUUUAUGCAAACAGUUAUUUGAAAGAAAAGAGGAUCUCUGUAAUCAUUGGCAGAGUCAUCAUAACUGCGAAGACCCUUCUACUUUAUGGACAAUUUUUAGUUUGUUAUCAAAACAAGGAAUUAUUGAACUUUCUCAUAAUGGUGAAUAUUGA